UCCACUAUCCGAAACAAAAAACAACAUCAAGAAUCCAAAGAUGUUGCCGGCGACCAUGAUCGGCGGGGGGAUCAUGGCUAAGAAACAGAGACAAGGAAGCAGUGCACUAACAGGGAUGUGGGCGAAUAUGGGGUCUACCAUAGCCACCUUCAUGUUUGUGUGGGCGAUCAUCCGCCAAUAUUGUCCUUCUGUGCUUAGCCGCUCCUUUGAAAAAUAUACACACAGGCUUAUGGGAUACUUCUAUCCCUAUAUUCGGGUUUCCUUCCACGAGUUCAGAGGAGAUAGGCUCAGGAGUAGCGAAGCCUAUGCAGCUGUGGAGGCGUAUCUUAGCGCCAACUCUUCCAAGAACGCUAAAAGACUCAAAGCUGAGAUGGGUAAAGAUACCAGCAGCCUGACGUUGAGUAUGGACGAGUAUGAGAGAGUCACCGACGAGUUUGAAGGCGCUAAAGUCUGGUGGGUGUCGACCAAAAUUGUGUCGCAAUCGAGGUCUAUGUCGUAUUAUCCUGAGCCGGAGAAAAGGAUCUACACGAUCACGUUUCAUAAGAAGCACCGGGAGUUGAUCACAAAGUCUUACUUGGAGCAUGUUCUAAGCAAGGGGAAGGAGAUUAGAGUGAGGAAUAGGCAGAGGAAGCUCUACACAAAUACUUAUGAUCACAAGCUUUCCAGCCACAAGCAAACCAUGUGGAGUCAUAUCGUGUUUGAGCAUCCGGCAACCUUUGAAUCGAUGGCGAUGGAGCCGGAGAAGAAGCGGGAGAUUGUUGAAGAUUUGUUGACUUUCAGCAAGAGUAAGGACUUCUAUGCGAAGAUUGGGAAGGCGUGGAAGAGGGGUUAUCUGCUUUAUGGGCCGCCGGGGACCGGGAAGUCGACCAUGAUUGCAGCAAUGGCUAAUUUGUUGAACUAUGAUGUCUAUGAUCUUGAGCUCACAGCGGUGAAGGACAACACGGAGCUGAGGAAGCUUUUGAUCGAGACAACCAGCAAGUCCAUCAUCAUAAUUGAGGACAUUGAUUGCUCGCUUGAUCUUACUGGUCAGAGGAAGAAGAUCAAAACAGAGAAAUCUUCAGAUGACGAGAACGAGAAGCUGAGAAAAGAAAUUGCCAAGAAAGAGGCAAAAGAAGAGGGUAGCGGCGGCAAAGUCACCCUUUCAGGGCUGCUGAAUUUCAUUGAUGGGCUGUGGUCUGCUUCUGGGGGAGAGAGGCUGAUUGUUUUUACUACCAAUUAUGUGGAGAAGCUGGAUCCGGCACUCAUAAGAAGAGGCAGAAUGGACAAGCAUAUUGAGCUCUCUUACUGCAGUUUCGAGGGGUUUAAGGUGCUUGCAAAGAAUUACUUGGAUCUUGAAAUGCAUCCCAUGUUUGAUGCCGUUCAGAGGUUGAUUGGGGAGACCAAGAUCACCCCUGCUGAUGUUGCGGAGAGCCUUAUGCCAAAGUCCUUGCUGGAUGAUGCAGAGACAUGUCUAUCAAAUUUGAUACAGGCUCUUGAGGAAGCGAAGGAGAAGGCAGCAAAGAAGAAAGAUGAAGACGUGAAAGAGAUAGAUACAACCAUGGAAGAUGCUGUUCAGACUAAAGUGGACGAAGAAACUGAAAAAACCACUGUGAAUUAGAAAUGCACAAUUUGGAAAUAAUUUUCGUGUAAAACAUUUGUGGCCAAGUGCCAAGAUUAUGGGGUUAAUCUCUUGCAGAAAUUGCGCCAAAACAACA